AUGUCAGGGCCCGACCCACAUGCCAAACCCAAUCUGAACCCUAUACAAACCGACCCACCAGUCUUCGUCAAGCAGAUUAAGAAUGCUAAACUGUAUACAGUGGGAAAAGGCGAUGACCAAAUUAAAGUUCUUCACGUUUGGGGCACUCCGUACGAAAUGGGAUUCGCUCAUGGAACUAUUUUGAAAGACGAAGCAAAAUCUUUUAUUGACGACGUUUGGAAAUAUAUAGAAGAUGAAGCGUAUGGUUAUGUGAAUAAAACAGUGUCAUUUCUAUCGCCAUGGUUUGUUAAAGACGUCAUCAGCCUUGGGAUGGAUUUUGCUUUGGAGCUUGAAGUGUUAGCUACCAAAAAGUACACAAGUCAGUAUUUUUUAGAUGAACUUAAAGGAAUAUCUGAUGCCAGUGGAAUAGAUUAUAAAAAAAUCGAGCGAAUACACAUGCUUGGUGAAAUUACUAAAGGAACUUGUUCAAUGUUUGGUGCUUGGGGUAAGGCUGUUCCCGAUUCAGAAUCAGUUCUACAGUUGCGUGCACUUGAUUGGGAUAUUGAUGGCCCGUUCAAGAACCAUCCUCAGGUAACCGUAUACCACCCGGAAUCCACUAAUGGGCACACUUUUGCUAACGUCGGUUGGAGUGGCUGGAUAGGAUCAAUCACAGGCAUGUCUGAUCGUCAAAUGGCUAUAAGUGAAAUUGGCGUUGUAGACGCAGAUGCAUCAUGGGGAUCUGAAUCAAGGAUCGGUGUCCCAUUUACGUAUCUUCUACGCGAUGUACUUCAGUAUGAUAAUACCCUAGAUGAUUCCAUCAAUCGUAUAGCUAAUGCACAUAGAACGUGUGAUUUACUGCUCGGAGUUGGCGAUGCCAAGUUGAAUACAUUCCGUGGCGUGGCUUACUCUGCCGGCGUUUCCAACUUCUAUGAUGACCAGAAUAUGAUGCCUGUUGGUGAUUGGCAUCCACGCAUGGAAGGCCUUGUUUACUAUAGUCGAGGUUGGGUACAUGCCGAUUGGACUGCUGUUCUUGCUAGGCAGCUGAAGAAAUACUAUGGUAAUAUCACCCCUGCGAACACAAUACGGGAUCUCGUGUCUAUCGUUCAGACUGGCGAUACACAUACUGCUAUUUACGACCUUAAGAACGGACUAAUGUAUGUGGCAAAUGCAAGGAAAGACGGCGCGUCUGGGGCCAAGAUGGCAUACGACAGACCGUUUGUUCGUAUGGACAUGAACACAUUAUUCGGUGAAACCAGGCCUACCGUGUGA